GGCUCCCGGAGCGGCGGGGCCGGGGAUGGCGGCGGGAGCCGGGCCCGGGGCCGCGGUGGUGGCGGCGGGGCCCGGGCCCGGGCCCGGAGCGGCGGCGGGAGCGGGCGGGGCCGCGGUGAAGAGCGGCGAGGAGCGGCUGAAGGAGAUGGAGGCGGAGAUGGCGCUGUUCGAGCAGGAGGUGCUGGGGGCUCCAGGCCCCGCCCCCGGGGACCCCCUGGCCCCGCCCCCCGUCCUGCGCCCCAUCAUCGCCACCAACACCUACCAGCAGGUCCAGCAGUCCCUCGAGGCUCGCGCCGCCGCCGCCGCCACCGUCCCCCCCUUGGGGACACCCCCGGUGCCAUUCGUGGGGCCAGCCGUGUCCCCGCAGCGGCCGCCGAUCCUGCGCCCGGCCUUCGUGCCACACGUGCUGCAGCGCCCGGCGGGUCCCCGGGGUCCCCUGGGCCUGCGCCCCCCCCCCGGGGCCAUGGUGGGGGUGGGGCCUCCCCUGGGGGCCCCCCCCGCCCCCCCCCUGCUGCUCGCCCCUCCCCCACUGCAGAGACCCCCCCCCACCCCCCUGGGGGCGCCGCUGGGGGGUGCCCUGAGAGCGGCCGGCCCGGCGGGGGGGGGAGGGGCGCCCGUGCCCCCCCUCCCCCCGGUGGCCGCGGGACCCCGAGUGGCCCCCCCGGGCCCCCCCCCGGGCCCCCCCAAACCGACCCCGCCCGUCAUCCAGGCCGCGCCCACCGUGUACCCCACCCCCCCCCGGCGCGCCCCGGAGGAGACCCCGCCCCCCCGGGCCCCACCCCCCGAGGAGCCCCGGAUUGGUCCCAGCCUCCCGGCUCCGCCCCCGGCCAUGGCCACGCCCCCUCCGGAGCCACGCCCUGGGCCUGCCCAUAUGGCACCGGUGCCACGCCCGCUGCGCAGGCCACGCCCACAGGACCCGCCCUUCCCUGUGCCAGAGGUGGGGGCGGAGCCUGCGGCCGAGGACAAGCGGAAGGGGCGGGGCGAGCGGCUGAAGCGCUGCAUCCGCACGGCGGCCGGGAGCAGCUGGGAGGAUCCCAGUCUGCUGGAGUGGGACGCUGACGAUUUCCGCAUCUUCUGCGGGGACCUGGGGAACGAGGUGAACGACGAGACGCUGGGCCGCGCCUUCGGGCGCUUCCCGUCCUUCCUCAAGGCCAAGGUGAUCCGGGACAAGCGCUCGGGCAAGACCAAGGGCUACGGCUUCGUGUCCUUCAAGGACCCCAACGACUACGUCAGGGCCAUGCGGGAGAUGAACGGGAAGUACGUGGGCAGCCGGCCCAUCAAGCUGCGCAAGAGCCAGUGGAAGGAUCGCAACCUGGAGGUCGUGCGGCGCAAGCAGCGCGAGAAGAAGAAACUGGGGCUGAGAUGACCCAAACUGGGACAAACUGGGACAGACUGGGAGGGACUGGGAGGGACUGGGACAGACUGGGACAGACUGGGAGGGACUGGGAGGGACUGGGACAGACUGGGAGGGACUGGGACAGACUGGGAGGGACUGGGACAGACUGGGACGGACUGGGAGGGAGCGGGAUGCCAAUAAAGGAGAACGGAGCGCU